GUGCAGCCGACGCAGCUGAUGGCAUCCGCGGGCGUCUUGGAAUGCUGGCACCCUUCGUUCCUGAGACGCCGACGUGGGUCGGAGGCUUCAUGCUCGGUUCGCCCCGGGGUUUCUUAAACUGCCAAAUCCCCACGGCCACAAGGCUGCUAGCUGCCCACGCCCGCAAGAGACUGUCCGAACCCAGUCGGAGAUUUGACCACCAAUCUAGCCUCAGCUUCUGCCCCGAUCACGCCUGCUGAUGCUGUUGGAGUGUUGGCCCAUCCACAAUCUUGCCCAGCCAUCCCUUGCCAAAGCUCAUGUGGAGCUGACAACUGGAAGCGAGAAAGACACAAUUGUUCACACCUGUUCACACCUGGGCUGCCCACCAUGGAUCACUUUACUAGCCCAGGCGCCACGGCUACGGCCACGACCACAGCCACUGCCAAUGCCCCCAGCUGUGCUGGUGAUGGCAGCGCUAGCGCCACCUCCCAGGGCCCGCAGGCCAAGAUGACCUACGCCUGCGAGAGCUGUCGCGCGGCCAAGGUCAAGUGCACCUCGAGUAGACAGCCAGGCAUUUGCCGCAGAUGCUUAGAAUCAAAGCGCGAAUGCGUCUUCAAGACCGGUCCUCGUACCAGGCGGCCAAGGCUAUCCAAGCAAACAUCGGCAGCAGAGAGACCGCCACCGCCGCCAGGCCCCUCCAAAACCUUUACGAUUGACGUCCCUUUGCCCAAGGAGGAGCACCUGGAGGACCCGCUGGCCGUGCUGCGGGACUCCCACGAGGCCUACAUCGACAAGCUCAUGCCGUCGCCACCCUACGAUGGCGACUUCUUCGACGACGCAGGCAGCGACAUGGCCCACGGCGGCGCCUGGAGCAGCAGCACCCGCACCGCCGCCUCGGCCACCACGCCGUCCUCCACGGGCCACAGUGCCGCCACCACAAACGCCACCACGACCACAGGCGGCUUCUCGUCGGUGCAACCCAGCGCCGAGCCGCUCUCGCCGAUGACGCUAGGCCUCCGGCGUCCUCAGUUCAACCUCGACAGCGCCACGGCGCUGCUGGCCGCCUUCCGCCGUAGCAUGGACCCGUACUUCCCCGUCGCCGCCGUCAGCGAGCACGACACGGUGUCCAGCCUGGCCCGCGACCGCCCCUUUGUGCUGCUCGCCGUACUGGCUGCCGCCAGCGGCGCCCGCGUAGCCCUGCGCGGCGGCAGGGGUAGCCUGUACGAUGAGGAGUUCCGCAAGGUCCUUGGUCUCAAGUUUGUCGCUGGGGGGGAGCGGACCGUUGAGCUGCUGGUCGGCUUGCUGGUUUAUUGUGCCUGGUAUCCAGUUCAUCUGCGGCCGAAAAGCAAACAGGCUUCUCAGUACAUGCGCAUGGCCGUCGACCUCGUUCAGGACCUGGAACUAGACCAGCCCGAGGGCAUCGAACAGGCAGGAUUCGCUGGCGAGGAACGCCUGCAGGCCAUUAGAGCGUAUCUGUGCUGCUACUAUCUCGUCGUGGCCCGAGCCAUGGCGUACAUAGCACGACCCGCGUCACUUCAGUUCACAGCCUGGACAGCCGCGUGUUGCGAUAUCCUCGAGCGGGAGGGAACCCAAGCGAGUGACCGCGUGCUCCCGUGGCUUGUACGCAACCAGCACCUCGUCGAAGAGACGGCCAGCUUGACUGCGGCUCAGGAGAAAGGCCAGCGCUCCCAGUACCAGGUCGACACGAUGCUAAGGGGCCUUGAGGCCCAGUUCCGCGAGUGGAAGAGCCGGAUUCCCGAAGAUGUUGCCAAGACACCCGUUAUGCUUGUCUCGUCCCUCUCGACCGAGAUAUAUCUUUACAGCUCACAUCUUUGGAAGCCCUCAUUGAUGAAGGCGCAACGCCCAGGCCACGCCUUAGACCCCAACCAGGACCCCGUCAGACUGGCACUGGCCCUGCCGACCCUCCGCACGUUCCUCGAAUUCCUGGCCAGCAUCACGCGAGAAGAUACCCCACAGCCGUCGCCCAACUGGACGCAGGCCGCAUCGGAGUCGACGGCAAUGCCGCUGCAAACACCAUCGACGGCAGCACUGUUCCAAGACGGCGGCGACCCCCCGGCGGCGCCCGACGAGGAGUUUGCAAACUUCAGCACGGUUGAGUGGGCCCGCGUCGUCUUCGCCGUCGUGGUCUGCUUCCGGCUCUCGUUCGACAUGCCGACGUGCCCGCUUUGGGACGGGGCGCGCGGGCGGCGCGAGCUUGAGCUGGGGCGGUUCUUGGCCAUAAUCUCGGGCGACUGUGACGACUUCUACGACGAGAUCAUCAGCGGAGGCAGCGCUAGCAACGCCGCCGCCGUGGCCGCCAGAAUCAACCCGCAUAUGAACGUGGUGUGCGCCACCAAGCUCGUCUUCAGCGUCGUCAAGCGCAAGUUCGAGCGGCGCGUCGCCCAGCUCCCGCCCGCCGAGGUGCCGGCCGCCGCCGCGGCGUCGACGCCUGUGUCACCACCCGUAUCAUCCCCCACCGUCAUGUCCAUGUUUCUAGGCGGCUUCGGAGCCGGCAGCGCCGGUGGUGGGUUCUUUGGUGGUGGGAACGGUGUCGCUAGCGGCAACCCCCACGCGGCCAUGACGUCGGACAUGCGGGUAGGGCUGGACAAGUCGAUGCGCGGCUGCCCCAUGCUCGACGGCUCGUUUGACAAUUUCAUCCCGCUCUGGGGCGACGGCUCCGCGGCGCCGGCGGUGCCUCCCGACCAUCCCCCCAUUCCCAUGGGCAUGAUGGGCGGCAGUGUCGGUGGGGGUGUGGGGGGCCUAGGAAAUGCCAAUCCAAUGGCCGAUCUCGACAGCAGCUCGCAGGCGGCCAUAUUCCAGGACCUGUGGACGACCAUGAAUAACGAGUGGAGCUAUGGCGGGCCGGACAACAUGACCUUUUGAUGCCUUGACGUUGUUCGCGGAUACAACUGUCUCUGACAAUCAUCUGGAUACUAGUACUACUAGAUAUGCAUGCUCCAUAUACCCACUUUAUGUACCACCCCAUGUCUUUUGAAACCCGAGCCGCGCACCCACCGUAGUUU